AUGAAGAUUGCACUUUUCCUCGCCGCUCUUUCUACAGCUAAAAAAGUCCGAGAGACACAAAUGAUCGCUGACCCGGACUUCGAUUACGACUUCGACACUUCUAGUGACGAUGAUUACGUCCUCUACGAUCCAAAUGACAUCGAUAGAUCUUCUGAUGAUUUCGGCUUUUUGGGACCAAUGAGCGAUACUGGCGGAGUCCGAAACUUGCACGGCAUGUGUGGCGGCGUCAAACUGCCAGGAAUCAGCUGCAAGGGUUGCAAGAAGAAGGACGGCUUUCCACGAUACGACAAGCCCUGUCACGAGCCCGAGGCCGGCAAUCAUGGGAAAUUCAAGUGCAAAGUUCUUUGCGGUCCCGGAUUUACACCGACUAUCCGACGAAUGAAAUGCAUCGGGAACAUCUGGAAAAAGUACCCAUCAAUGGGAGCUGUCAGAUGCAUCAAGGACAAGCAAUAG